AAAUUCUGUCUGGACACUCUUUGUCUCACUGUCCUAUGGUUCUGUGCUGCUCAGGAAAACCAGGAAAGGGCUUAGAGGCUUUCAAGGCAUGGCCAGACACUCCAUCUUGUAUUUCAUCCUCCUGAGUGCUCUGAUUGACAAGUGCCAACCCUGUUUCUGUGAUCAUUACCCAUGGGGUCAGUGGUCUACCUGCUCAAAAAGCUGCAAUUCUGGAACUCAGAGCAGACAGAGAAAAAUAGUGGUUGAUCAGUACUAUCUGCAUAACUUUUGUGACCAGCUUUGCAACAAGCCGGAGACCAGGGAAUGUAACUGGCAACGCUGUCCUAUCAACUGCCUCCUGGGAGAUUAUGGACCAUGGUCAGACUGUGACCCUUGUGUUGAAAAACAGUUUAAGGUUAGAUCCAUCUUGCGCCCCAGUCAGUUUGGAGGACAACCAUGUACUGAGCCCCUGGUGACCUUUCAACCAUGCAUUCCAUCUAAGCUCUGCAAAAUUGAAGAGGUUGACUGCAAGAAUAAGUUCCGCUGUGACAGUGGCCGCUGCAUUGCCAGCAAGUUAGAAUGCAACGGAGAAAAUGACUGUGGGGACAACUCGGAUGAAAGGAACUGUGGAAGAACGAAAGCAGUGUGCCUGGGGAAGAAGCAGCAUAUUCCCAUCCCCAGCGUACAGCUGAUGGGCGCUGGGUAUCAUUUUCUAGCAGGAGAGCCCAGAGGAGAGAUCCUUGAUAACUCUUUCACUGGAGGAAUAUGUAAAACUGUCAAAAGCAGUAAAGCAAGUAAUCCAUACCGUGUUCCAGCCAAUUUGGAGAAUGUCAACUUUGAGGUAAAAACUGAAGAAGAUGAUUUGGAAACAGAUUUCUACAAGGACUUAAUUCAUCUUACAGAGAAAGACAAUCAACAAGAUUUAUUUUCGAGGGAAGGGCACAGCAGUUUUCGUAUACCAAUUUUUUAUUCCUCAAGGAAAACUCAAAGCACCACCCAUAACCGUGCCUUCAAACAAGCCAUUGAAGCCUCCCACAGAAAGGAUUCUAGUUUUACUAGGAUCCAUAAAGUGAUAAAAGUCUUAAAUUUCACAAUGAAAACUAAAGAUCUGCAGCUCUCUGAUGUCUUUUUGAAAGCACUUAACCACCUGCCUCUAGAAUACAACUUUGCUUUGUAUAGCCGGAUAUUCGAUGACUUUGGGACUCACUAUUUCACCUCUGGCUCCCUGGGUGGCGUGUAUGACCUCCUCUACCAGUUUAGCGUCGAGGAACUCAGGAACUCAGGUUUAACAGAGGAAGAAAUCCGAAACUGUGUCCGGAUUGAAACAAAGAAACGCAGGUUUGGUUUUAAGAAAACAAAAGUGGAACACCGGUGUACCACUAACAAGAUGUCUGAGAAAUACGAAGGUUCGGUUUUGCAGGGAGCAGAGAAAUCCAUAUCCCUGACUCGAGGCGGGAGGAGUAAGUACGCCGCCGCCUUGGUGUGGGAGAAGGGGAACUCUGGUCCUGCGGAGAAGGAAUUUUCCGAGUGGUUAGAAUCAGUAAAGGAGAAUCCUGCUGUGAUUGACUUUGAGCUUGCUCCCAUCACGGACUUGGUGAGAAACAUCCCCUGUGCGGUGACAAGACGGAGCAACCUCAGGAAAGCUUUUCGAGACUACGCGGCCAGGUUUGACCCUUGCCGGUGCGCUCCGUGCCCUAAUAAUGGCCGCGCCACGCUCUCGGGGACCGAGUGUCUGUGUGUUUGCCAGAGCGGCACCUACGGAGACAACUGUGAGAGACGCUCGCCCGACUAUAAAUCCAAUGCGGUGGAUGGGAGCUGGAGCUGCUGGUCUUCCUGGAGCACGUGUGAUGUUACUUAUAGGAGAUCCAGAACCCGAGAAUGCAACAACCCUGCCCCCCAGCAAGGAGGGAAACCCUGUGAGGGCGAGAAGCGGCAAGAGGAGCACUGCACGUUUUCAAUCAUGGAGAACGAUGGACAGCCAUGUGUCAGUGAUGAUGAAGAAGUGAGAGAAAUAGACCUCCCUGAGACAGAAUCAGAUUCCGGGUGUCCUCGGCCAGUUCCUCCGGAAAAUGGAUUUAUCCGGAAUGAGAAGAAACUGUACUCAGUUGGGGAAGAAGUUGAAAUCUCAUGCUUUACUGGAUUCACAACUAUUGGAUACCAGUACUUCAGAUGUUUACCAGACAGGACCUGGAGGCGAGGAGAUGUGGAAUGCCAACAGACCCAGUGCCUCAAGCCGGUUGUGCAGGAAGUUCUAACGAUCUCACCAUUUCAGAGAUCAUAUGGAAUUGGUGAAUCCAUUGAGCUAACCUGCCCCAAAGGCUUUGCUGUUGCUGGGCCAUCAAGGUACACAUGCAGUGAGGACUCCUGGACACCGCCCAUUUCAAACUCACUCACCUGUGAGAAAGAUGUUUUGACAAAAUUAAAGGGCCGUUGUCAACCAGGACAAAAACAGUUGGGAUCUGAAUGCAUUUGCAUGUCUCCAGAAGAAGACUGUAGCCAUUAUUCAGAAGAUCUCUGUGUGUUUGAUACAGACACGAGCCAUUACUUUACUUCAUCUGCUUGUAAGUUUUUGGCAGAGAAAUGUUUAAAUAAUCAGCAACUCCAUUUUCUACAUAUUGGCUCCUGCCAAGAUGGUCCACAGCUAGAAUGGGGUCUUGAGAGGAGAAAACUUUCAUCCAAUAGCACAAAGAAAGAAUCCUGUGGCUAUGAUACCUGCUACGACUGGGAAAAAUGUUCAGCCUCUGUUUCCAAAUGUGUCUGCCUGUUGCCUCCCCAGUGCUCCAAGGGUAGAAGCCAACUCUACUGCGUCAAAAUGGGAUCGAGUGAGAAAACAGCGAGCAUCUGUGAAGUAGGAGCUAUACGAUGUGCCAACAGGAAAGUGGAAAUACUGUAUCCUGGCAGGUGUUCAGCCUAAAACAAUUACUGAUAAACAGAUUUACUGUCCAAAAAUAAUUCCUACAAAAGGGCAUCCUCCUAUAAACAGCAGACUGGCGUGCCCAGAGGUUAGACGUGAAUUCUUUUGUGUUACUUUCAUAUAAUUAUUCACCCUGCCUCUCCUGCCUUAGCCUUUCCUAUCCAGUUCCAACCCAUGAGGUUCUGUAGUGUACACCCAGGUAACAACUCUUUCACAUCAAUCCAGUAAAUUCUUCUGUUCACAUUGCUCUAAGAUGAUGGGGCUUCUGAGGACCUUAUGAAGCCUAUAAUAUUAAGCAUUCUCACAAAUAGAAUUAAGAACAAAAACCAUAACUGUCUUCAAUUAAUCAAUAAACAGAAACCUACAACAACUUGUAAAACACAUUCUUGAAACCCAUCCUUUCUUCAUGCACUCAUUCAACAGAUAAUUCUGAAUGUCUACAAUGUGCCAAGUACUGUUUAAGAUGCUGGGGAAUUAGCAGUGAAUAAAAAGACAAAAUCCUUUGCCUUCAUGAAGCCCACAUUCACGUGGAGGAAGACAUUCAAAAAAUAAAAUAAGCAUAUAAAAUAUAUAGUAUGUUUGAUGAUGAUAAUUGCUAUGGAGAAAAUAAGGCAAGAAGAGGUGAGUCCCGUCAUCUUAUGCCAGGAAACCCUUCAUAGUAAUAAACAUCACAGCAAGGAUGAUUGGAAACAAGUGGAAAUUGCUUCCCUUAAGGCAGUUACUAAACUUCUGGAGUUCCAUACUCUUAGGAAAAAAGAUUCUCCUUGCCUCAGCUAAAGCGCAUCCCAAAGCUUUUGAGCUGAAGUAUGUGAUGGAUGGAAAAUAAAAUCAUCAGAAAAUUGUGAAGGAAUAAUUUUUAAAUUAAAUUAUGUCUUCUGUGUUAGGCCA